GAGAAGGUUUGAUCAAGAUCUUCUAGGUUGAACGAUUUUCGAUAGCCACGACUCGGACAAAAUGGUUGCUGCCACAGAAGUCUUGACCACAAAAGUGGCAUCUGGAACUCCAUAUCAGCUGGAUAACAAACAGGUCCUUCGAGCCUCGAGCGCACUUCUUCGUCACAUCAAGUCUGAACAGGAAGAAAAAGAGGAGACUUCAACCAAGAAAACAUUGAUUGGCGACGAUGACGAAUCGGACGGCGAGGGCUCACCAGCCACCAACGAAAUAGUAUGGCUGGUUAUGACGACGAAAAAGCACGUGGUCGAUAAGAACCGUCUGAAACCUAGCAAAAUCAGCAUUCCUCACUCGCUGAAUAAGUCUUCAUCCUUGAACAUAUGCCUUAUUACCGCCGAUCCACAACGUUCUGUCAAAGACAUCGUGGCCGAUCCCGCCUUCCCAUCCGACCUCUCAGCCCGCAUUACCAAAGUUAUCGGCCUUACGAAACUGAAGGAUCGCUAUAAGAGCUUUGAGAGCCGACGGCAGCUGCUCUCUGAACAUGAUGUCUUCCUGGCUGAUGAUAGAAUUAUCAUGCGAUUGGUCGAGACACUAGGAAAGAUAUUCUACCAGUCCAGCAAGCGACCAAUUCCUAUCCGUAUCGAGCAAAUUGAGAAGGCCGAUGGCAAGCGGGUCAAGAAGGACCCCAAGGCCAAGCCGUCUAAAGAGGAGCGAAAAGCUAGCUUUGCAUCGCCACAGGUCGUCGCAAAAGAGAUUGAGAAGGCUUUGAACUGCGCACCGGUCUACCUUGCUCCGUCAACUACUACAUCGGUCCGCGUUGGAUCCUCUAAGUUUACCCCGGAGCAAUUAGCCGAGAACGUGAAAGCAGUUGUCAAUGGAUUGACAGAGAAGUUCAUUUCAAAAGGCUGGAGAAACGUCAAGGCCAUUCACAUCAAGGGAGCUACCACCAUGGCUUUGCCCAUCUGGCUCGCUGAUGAGUUAUGGUUGGAUGAAACAGAUGUCCUAGAGAAGGAGGAAGAUGAGAAGAAGGCAUUUGACAACGACAAGAGCGGCAACAAGAGGAGAAAUCCCGGUGACGAUGAUUCUUCACGAGGACAAGGCAAGAAGACCAAAAAGAUCAAGGCGGCCACGGAUGAAGAUGAUAUCUCCCUGAAAGAGAAGUUACAAAAGCGAAAAGCACAGGCUCUUGAAGAGGGGAAGGCUCCCGUUAAAUCUACAAAGAAGAAAUAAUCAUUCGACUCUAUGUAAUGAUCUGGUGUUUGCAUGGGUUCUAUGGCGUCCAAAAUCUCUCUUUCUGGGCUAGUUCCGUGGUUGUCACGUAUUUACAGAAGUCUUUCACUUAAUUAUAUUAUGAUUUUUAUUCUUG